AUGCGCUUUCAGAAAUAGACGUUCGGCUCUUUGGAAGAGGAGACAUCUACAAGUCCAACAUACCCAGACUAAAUUUAGACAGGUGUGAACAAUUAAAAUUACAAUCAUAGCUCAAGUCAAAAACCAAAAAUAAGCAUUCUUAAAGAGUCUUUAAGCACUGACAAGGAAAACUUCAGGUAUGAGGAAACCUGCCAAAGAUUCAUAGAAGAUCAUUCAUAUGACUUAGACUAGUUAUCAAAGGUUAAAUAUUCACCUUUUGAUAAAGAGAAAAAUAGUUUAAGGCUGAAUUAAACUCAAAGAAUUUCAGACUUAUCAUAAAACUUAAGGGAUUCUAUGCUUUUUGAUUAGUAAAUAGAUCUCUAGCCAGGCCAACUCUAUAAGACUUAAAUCUUUAGGAAAAAUGAACUUAAAGGGAAAUUUAUGGGGUAUCACAGAAAAAGUAAACCUAUGAAAUAGCAAUCAUUAACAAUAGACUAAACUGCUGAUUGCAUCAAUAAUUAUAAUCAUGAUUUUGUUGACUCUGCAAUUAAGCAAGAGCAUAGUUUUUUGAGUAAGCCUAUUCCUGUUUCAUACUAUUUAAACCCUGAAUCAAUCAAUCCCACUCCAAUGAAAAAAUCAACUGUCAAUGAUAAUAAAUCAAUAGGAGAGUAUGGGAAUCCUUUAAUUACACCUUGCUUUUUUCAAAAUGAUUCACCGAUCAAUAACUUCGAACCCACACCUUGCCAAAGUAAUUUUGAAGAUGAUGAUGAAUAGGACGAAUUUUAUCAUACUAACGGAGUUGGAGAAGAUGAUGAUCAAGAGUAAGAAUUUCAAGACUCUCCAAAUGAGUUAAAUUCUCAGGAUUUGUAAGAAGGCAAUGAUAGAUUAUUUGCUUUUGAACAAUAGCACAAAAAUUCAAAAAGUAGAUUUCUUGAGAAUUCACCCAUCAAAAAUCUUGAUGAAGAUAUGCCAUCAUUUCAGGAACUAAUUAGUCAUGCUCUAAAUUAUUUCAGAGAUAGUAAAUAAAUUGUUAGAGAUAUUCAGCCCUUCAAGUAAGUUCAUAAAAAAUAUCAUGAUAUUUAAGCCUAAUAUGAGUUGUUGCAAUAACAUUCCCAAGUUGAGCAAAAAGCCUUAGAACUAAGAUGCGCUAAUUUAGAAGAAUAAUUUAUCUCAAAAGAUCUAGAGAUAAUAUAACUACAGGAAGAUAUAAGUUACAAUUAGAAUGUUAACUAAGCAUUACAAGAGAAACUAGAAAUCCUAGAGAGCAAGAUCAAGGAUCAGGAAGGUUAGAUCAGAGAGCUUCUUUAAAAUUAGUAUAAAAUGGGUUCUAUCUAUGAGAAGACGAAGGAUAGAAAAUAAAAGAAUCAAAAGUUAGUCUUCGAUAUCUUUGAAAUGUAACCAAAUUGA